AUGGCUACCUACGCUCUCUCUCCGGCUCACCGGAACCAAAUGGAGGUGUCCCUCGUGGACAGCGAUCCUGAGAUCGCCCAGAUCAUGGAGAAGGAAAUCCAACGUCAGCGCGAAUCCAUCGUCCUGAUCGCCUCGGAGAACUUCACCUCCCACGCUGUCUUCGAUGCCCUGGGUUCCCCCAUGAGCAACAAGUACUCCGAGGGUUACCCCGGCGCUCGCUACUACGGUGGCAACCAGCACAUUGAUGCCAUCGAGCUUACCUGCCAGGCUCGUGCCCUCAAGGCUUUCAACCUCGACCCCGCCAAGUGGGGCGUCAACGUUCAGUGCCUCAGUGGUAGCCCUGCCAACCUGCAGGUCUACCAGGCUCUCAUGCGCCCUCACGACCGUCUCAUGGGUCUUGACCUCCCCCACGGUGGUCACUUGAGUCACGGUUACCAGACUCCCGCCAAGAAGAUCUCUGCUGUCUCUACCUACUUCGAGACCUUCCCCUACCGUGUCAACCUUGAGACCGGUAUCAUUGACUACGAUCAACUCGAGGCCAACGCCGAGCUCUACCGCCCCAAGUGCUUGGUUGCUGGUACCUCCGCCUACUGCCGCCUGAUCGACUACGCUCGCAUGCGCAAGAUCGCUGACAAGGUCGGCGCCUACCUCAUUGUCGACAUGGCUCACAUCUCCGGUCUGAUUGCCGCCGGUGUCAUCCCCUCUCCCUUCGAGUACGCCGAUGUUGUCACCACCACCACCCACAAGUCCCUCCGUGGUCCCCGUGGUGCCAUGAUCUUCUUCCGCAAGGGUGUCCGCAGCACUGACCCCAAGACCGGCAAGGACAUCAUGUAUGACCUUGAGGGCCCCAUCAACUUCUCCGUCUUCCCUGGUCACCAGGGUGGUCCCCACAACCACACCAUCACUGCUCUGGCUGUUGCCCUUAAGCAGGCUGCUUCCCCCGAGUUCAAGCAGUACCAGGAGCAGGUCAUCAAGAACGCCAAGGCUCUCGAGGAGGAGUUCAAGACCCUCGGCCACAAGCUUGUCUCUGACGGCACUGACAGCCACAUGGUCCUUGUCGACCUCCGCAACAAGAGCCUGGACGGUGCUCGUGUCGAGGCUGUCCUCGAGCAGAUCAACAUUGCUUGCAACAAGAACUCCAUCCCUGGUGACAAGUCUGCUCUGACCCCUUGCGGUAUCCGUAUCGGUGCCCCCGCCAUGACCACCCGUGGUAUGGGUGAGGAGGACUUCAAGCGCAUUGCCCGCUACAUUGACCAGUCCAUCAACCUCUGCAAGAAGGUCCAGAGCGAGCUCCCCAAGGAGGCCAACAAGCUCAAGGACUUCAAGGCCAAGGUUGCCUCCGAGACCGUUCCUGAGAUCCUCAGCCUCCGCAAGGAGGUUGCUGACUGGGCCAGCACCUUCCCCCUUCCCGUCUAA